AUGGCACUUCUCAUCAAGAGCAGCUCACCCCGCAGAGUUAAGGUCAAAUGGCCCCAGUUAGAUAUCACGAUCUCUGUGGAAAUGAAUGAAGGACAAAAUUCCCACGUGGUAGAUUUGUUUUUCGAGUCGCUUCCUUAUCGUUCCCUACAGAAUCAUGCGCUCGUAUCCGGUGACCAUCUGUACCACCUGGUGCCCUGCGAGAAAUUGAUCUAUACCCAUGCAGACUAUAAGCAUCUGGAAAUCAAAUACGGUCCACUGACCGAGUACCUGCCGGCAGCUCCAUGCGGGAGGGUUCUCCCUGAGGAUAUGGACAGCUUGAGAGCCGCCGGCAACGGAGUCUGGAAAGCAUGCCACCAAACCAAGCAGAUCAUUGGUGUUAUCAUCUGGGAUGCCCGCCAGGUCGAGCCUACGGAGCAUCUACCUUUAAGGCAAGAGCGAUUUGGCGUGACAGAUGAGGUGAAAGCUCUAGUCAGGAAGAUACAUGACGAGACAGAGAAAUCCUGGUCGGGCAUUUCUGACGACCUUCGGAUUGCGCACAACGGCAUGGCUCCCUCUUGUGCCGGCUCCAAAGGUUCCUAUUUUGCCACCAUGGUCUUUAUCAAUGGCGAGAUCCGGCCUCUGGGCUACAAUGUUGUCUUCGCUUCGGUACCUUCGGAGUUUGUGGGCUAUACAGGGGCCAGCUUCCUCUGCAUGACAAACCGGGAGAUUGCCGAUCUGAUCAAGCAAAGUGUUCAGACGAAUCCCGAUCAUGUAGUUGCCUGUGAAGACUUUCUGGCUCUGAUCAGCGCAUUUGGCAAAUACGUGAACUUGCUGAACGCGCAGAAUCUAUGUCUUUUCCCAUGGCGACACUCAACCGAGUGUCCAAUUGCACUCAAUAAAACUGACUGA